AAUCUGUGUGUGAGGCCUCGAUGUCAUAAUUAAACUUUACCCUACUAUUUUGACAGCUCUGCUUAGCAAUAUUUUUACUAACUAUCCUUUAAAAGUCACAAGAUUCCUGGGGGUGGCAGAGACCUUCUUUGUUGCCAUUGAUCAAAAGAGCCCGUUAUUGUUUUCCGUGACCAUCCCUGACACGCCUCAUGUAGCCUGCCCUGCUGCGCACAUACUUGGCCCGUGCCGUGCCGGGAUGCAUUGAGUGACUAACUGCUCCCCGAGUUUUAAAUAGGAGGAGGGACACGCUGCUCCUCACUCUCCUCUCUGUGUCGUCUCUAGCCACAGCAUCUAUCAUGGCCAAAACCAUUUCUUCGUCCCACUCCAUCAGGACCUCCAUGGUUGGCCUUGGCGGCGGGCCUCGGAUGUCAAUGAGGGCUGGCAGCGUGUAUGGUGGGGCCGGAGGCUGUGGCGUACGCAUCUCCUCCUCAUCCUCCAUGGGAGGAGGACUCGGUGCCUGCUUCACUGGUGGCUACCCGUCCUUCGGCAACGUUAGCGUGUGUGGCGUGGACGACAGCAUCAUUGGCAACGGGAAGUUCACCCUGCAGAACCUGAACGACCGCCUGGCUUCAUACCUGGCCAAGGUGCGUGCUCUGGAGCAGGCCAAUGUCGAGCUGGAGCUGAAGAUCAAGCAGUUCUUGGAGAGCAAGGUCGGCCCCGCAGCCAGGGACUCCAGUGCCUUCUUCGCCACCAUCGAAGAAAUCACUGCCAAGAUUCAAGAAGCCAUCAAAGUGAACGGAACAGUCCACCUGAGCAUUGACAAUGCUCAGCUGGCUGCUCAAGACUUCAAGACAAAGUACGAGAAUGAGCUGUCCAUGCGUCAGGCAGUUGAGGCGGACAUUGCCGGGCUCAAGACGUUCCUAGACGGGCUCACACUGACCAGGACUGACCUGGAGAUGCAAAUCGAGGGCCUGAAUGAAGAACUGAUCUUCCUCAAGAAGAACCACGAGGAGGACCUGCUGGCCGUACGAGCACAGAUGAGUGGCCAGGUUCACGUGGAGGUGGAUGCCGCACCAGCAGAAGACCUCACCAAGAUUAUAGCUGAAAUCAGGGAGCACUACCAAGCCAUCAUUGCCAAGAAUCAGAGAGACCUGGAGGCCUGGUUCCAGGCAAAGACAGAGGCGCUGAACAAGGAGGUUAUCACUCAGACCACCACGCUGCAGACGUCCAAGACGGAGGUCACAGAAGUCAAACGCACGCUGCAGACUCUGGAGAUCGAGCUGCAGUCCAUGUUGAGCAUGAAAGUGUCUCUGGAGGCAACCCUCGCUGAAACAAAAAAGUGCUACUCAAUGAGGUUGUUAGGAUUCCAGGCGCAGGUGACGUGUCUGGAGGAUCAGAUGGUGCAGCUGAGGGCCGACCUGGAGCGCCAGGGACACGAGUACAACAUCCUCCUGGACAUCAAGACCAGACUGGAGAUGGAGAUCGCCGAGUACAGGAGGCUUCUGGAUGCAGAGGGUGCUACCAGUUCCACCCCAGGCAAGAAUGACGUAACAGUGGUGGAAGAGGUUAACAGAAGGGUGGUCUCCACCACCUCCGCUUGAUCCUCUUCAGUACUGGCCCGCUGAGGAGCUGCAGACGACGACAGCCAGAGUGUCUUCUCCUCUGUCAGAGAAUCUGACGUGACAAUAAAACGAGAGUCCACAUCAGAA